UCGUCUCACAGGUUACAUCCCACCGGUUUCAUCCCUGCAGCGCAGUUGCCAUCCUCCGUCUGCCUCCUCUGCAGCGUCCAACAACUUUUGCAUUAUUUUCUUUUUUAUUCCAUUUUUAUUUCUUCAUUUCCACCAUGAUCAGAGCGCGUUAUAAGAAGCAUCAGCAGCAUCAGGCGGGCCCCGAGUGUUGAGCAGACUGAGGAAUCGGCGCGGGAUGUGUUGACAUCUCCAGUUUUCCUCUCUAAAAUGGAGCUCUCUUUGCAGGGCUCCACUGCAAACGCAUCCAAACUGUUCCUCGACUACAGCGUGCCCCUGAAUGCCACUGGGAAUUACACCAACGACCAAUACGCUGAGGCCAACCUCUUUCAGAUCCUGGGUCCAAAACGAUCCCCCUUCUUUCUCCCCGUGACCACCGUUUACCUUCUCAUCUUCCUCACCGGCCUGUCUGGGAAUCUUCUCACAUGUGCGGUGAUAGCCAAGAACAAGAAGAUGCGAAACCCCACCAACCUCUACCUAGUGAGCCUGGCCGUGUCGGACCUGCUGAUGCUGUUGUUUGGGAUGCCUCUGGAGAUCUACGACCUGUGGCAGAACUACCCGUUCCCUUUCGGCGAGGGCGGCUGCUACUUCAAGACCUUCCUUUUCGAGACGGUCUGCUUCGCCUCAAUCCUCAACGUCACGGCGCUGAGCAUGGAGAGGUACAUAGCUGUGGUGUACCCGCUCAAAACAAGGUACCUGUCGACCAACCAGCACGCCAAGCGGGUCAUCACCAUCUUGUGGACGGUGGCGAUGACCUGUGCCAUCCCCAACACCUCCCUGCACGGCAUCUUCUACCUGCCAGAGAGAGUGAAGGAGUCGGCCAUCUGCACCGUGCUGAAGCCCCUGUGGAUCUACAACAUGGUCAUGCAGAUCACCACUGUGUGCUUCUAUUUCGUGCCCAUGAUGGUGAUUAGCGUGUUGUACCUGGUGAUGGGUCUUCACCUGAGGAGAGAAAGGCAGCAGCCCAGCGGCAACCUGGGAAAAAACGUUCAAAGGAAGAUCAGUGCGAACGGGCGCCGGAGACAGAUCAACAAGAUGCUCUCAAUCGUGGUGGUGGUGUUUGGAAUCUGCUGGGCGCCCUUUCACAUCGACAGGCUCCUGUGGAGUUCCAUUAGCCAGUGGACGGAUUUAAUGCACGACGUCUAUCAAUACGUCCACAUCCUGUCAGGCGUCUUCUUCUACCUCAGCUCAGCAGUCAACCCCAUCAUCUACAGCCUGCUCUCCACGCGGUUCAGGGAAUGUUUCCGAGAACUGGUUUGCUCCCAGACGGAGGAAAACAGCUCUGUCAGAGACUCGCCGCCAUUCCCUAAGAUUUUACUGGAACCCUCUGUGUCAAGUACCGAAGCUCAGGCUGUGAGUAAGGAUUCCAAUGCUUUUAUUCCCUUGUUGUCUCCUAACAUGACACUGAGAAUGGACGCUGCAAUCCUCACGCGUGCAUGUAAAGAGACGGCCUGCCAGACCUGUGUUCUAACUGAGACUUGACUUGAAUAAGCGAACAAGCAAGAGAAAUGAGAAGAUCGAUACUACUCUCAUAUCUUAAAUGUGAAGCAGGGGCGGAUUGGUAAUUGGGUCAAUCAGGUAGAAUUCAAGUUGCCCGGCCUACAUAUUAUCCCAAACGACCGUGAGACAUAAGCAGCUGCCCAUGGGUCCUUAAAAUACUUAUUAUUAUAACAUACGCUCCACAAAACUCUCCAGGGUUCCCAAUAUUAGAAAAAUAUCUAAGUGAUAUUUACACCCCUUACUUACUCUUUAUAUCUCAGUCAUGGUUACCCUGCACUGUCAUCUCUCCCGUCAAUUUACUAAUGUUGUCCCAUCAAUCUAGCCAUCUUAAUUCAAUUAUUCCUCUUCAGGCGUCACAGAACUUUCAUGGUCACAAAUAAAAAUAAAAACAACUUAAUUCGUUUUUCUUACAUUAACGUUAAAUGGAGCAAAGCCUCAUGGGAAUGGGGAAUGUGUUUAUCCAAUGAACCGAUUGCAAGUUUAUUUGCAGAAAUGUAGGGAGAUAAAUGAGCGCCCUCUCGUCUAAUGGCAUGACCCAAAGACAUACGGCAGACAGACAGGAAGCAACAAAGUUCGAGGAAAAGCAGCGGCAUUGUUUGACAGUUGGGAUUAGCGUGAUUUCUCACUGUUUCAAUGUUACCCAUGGAUGGCAAGAAGAGAAAGGAGAACGAAGGGGUUAAUAGAGCAGAAUGAAGAAGCGGAUGGUGGAGGAGGAUGCAUCAGAGAUCUCAAAAUGCCGGAUUUAUUCCGAAAUCAGGCUUCAACGAGUGCUGCGGGGGAAUUGACUGAAAAACGGGUUAGAUAGCCUAUUUUGAUAGCGAUUCUCUCCUCAUUGCAAGUAGAAGCAUCUCAUAUGAGCUCCCUUUUAAGUCUUGGGUUUGAAAUACCUGUUCAUAAACAUUUAUGGUCAGUUUUAUCUGAAUGAGUGGCAGUAUUGCUGUAUAUGUGUAAUGUCCUCCAUUUGUCAUUUUGCUAUUUGCAAUGCUAAAACUGAUCUGAACGCAGAUAACCUUAUUCUGAAGUAGCGAAAUGUUGGAAUGGUAAUGACUACCGAGUGGGUGUAUUUUGUUGGGAAGUGGGAUGCAUUGUAUAUCCCCUUCCUAUCAGGGGAAACACAAUUAUUAUUCAGUCUCAGAAUUCAGUUCCACUCAGCCCAGUUAUGAUGCUGAUCAGACAAUGCUAUGAGAAGUCACGACUACAUAGUAUAUGAUGUUAUAUUUCAGCAUCUGUUUAUUAAUAGAAAACCAAUAACAGCUUGAACCUACACUUUAUUGUCAAUAAUGUGCAUUUGUCUAGUGUCAAUCUGUGGUCAGGUUUCAUAAGUCCUUCCCAAAUGCGUAAACUUGGCUGGCACACAAAAAAACAUCAUUAUUUGGGUUUAAAAAAAUAGAUUUCUUUUGUGUAAUUGAUAAAUGGGGGGUUGGGCCGAUGCUGUCAGAAUUUUCCUGGUUGAUUUAGUGCCCCACUCCGCCUCUGAUGUGAAGCUUAGCUUAGCACAAAUACUGGAAACAGGGAAGCGGCUAACAUGGCUCCCAAGGUAUCCACCAAUCAGUACGUCUCACAUUAACAUGUUACUGCAUAAUUAGGUCAUUUGUAUAAUCUGUAAAAGAAACCAAAAAAGAACACUAGUUUAAAGACACAGUCAAAUAAAAAAAUACAUUUUCCAGGUUGUAAUGCUGUGUCCUUUUGUAAAUUAUUCAUUAUCUUCUCUUACAUGGUAAACACAAAAUCGAAAAAAUCAAAAACGUAAAAUUAUUUUGAAUGACUCUUAACAGUAGCAUGAAUUAAUCAAAUGGGUUUUUGUUUGACUAGCUAACCCCUCUAUCAUAUACAAGUAUCACUAUAAGCACAUCACUCUUGGAACUGAAUAGCAUAUUCUGUAUAAAAUGUCACAUUACUGAAGCUAAAGAUGCUCUAACUUCCGUUUCCUUUAAAAACAAGUGGUACACAUUAAAAAAAGAGAUAUAUAACAUGUUAAUUACUGAGAUUUAAAAGUGCAAAUAAGGUUGUUUUUUUAACCUUCAGACUGAGCCAGGCAAGCUGUUCCCCCUUUUCCAGUCUUUAUGCUAAGCUAACCAGCUCCAGUGGUAAUGAUCUUCUUGUCUCGUCAAAAAUCUAAAAACGUAUUACCUGUUAGUGUACAUGUGUUUAAAGAGCUACAUGCACAUGCACUUAUGAUUUGAUUUAAUUUGUUACAGUGGUUAAUAUUGUUUACCAGGGCCUGCAUAUUCCACCUGCUUUCUUAUUUUUUAUCUGCUGAAUGCCUUGGAGGUUGAAACCAAAGGGAAAGUGGGAUCAAAUCUGAUACGAAUGAUAACACGAUGCACUUGAUUAUAUUCGUUUUUAUUUGGAAAAUGAUGUGUCUUGCUGGACAGCCCCAAAAAAAAAAAAAAGAUAAAAUACUUUCCCAUGUUUUAGUGGUAUUUGUGCACAAAGAAUGUAGCCAAUUGCUUUGCUGUGAGCUUUUCCUAAUCUGGUUUUGUCUCUCGUUGCAUGGCCAGCCUGAUUUGAUUGAUUGGUCGGCCACGUUCACUGUGAUUGCAGAGUUGUAAAGUGAUUAUGGCUAUUGUGCAAUGUCUGAUGUAAGAUAAAUAAACGUUUUAAAUGUCAA